AUGCCACAGCCCGUGUCCUUGCGUACAUUUCCUCCAAGCCGGCCAUCUCGGGGAAAGCUCCAGAGCAGCAUCGGACACUAUACUUUCAAUAAGUGCAUGAGAGUGAUCGCCGCGGUCCCACAAACCACAAGCCGGAACAAAGAGAGCUUUAGCUACAGAGGCUUAGUACCUCGGGGCCUAGAAGAAAUGGCCCAGAAACGGCCCAGAAAUUGCCUAUCAUCUGACCUGAAAUCUACCCACGGUCAACAGUCUGGAAGUCGGGCAGCGGGCUUCGACCUCGUGUCAGAGUCGGGGUUUGUGUGGUGGGGAUCAGGUAUUCUUCUAGAUGGCCCGUUCCGCGGAGAUGCUCGUAUUCUUUCUGGGCUAUAUGGAUCGGAAAAUGACAAGUAUACGUCGCGAAAAAGUUUGGCACAUGUUGGUUUCACCUUGAGCGGUAUCUGUUUCGAUCCCAAAUUGAACUUUGUCAUUUUUGGGACAUUUGCCUCAGAGCGUGCACACGAAUAG